UGAUAUCUAUAAGCGGAGGUAUUCUUCUACCUCGUUUCCUCCGACGAAAUAGUUCUUAUUAGUCGUUAAUUUCCUUCUUCACCACCCAAACAAUUGAUUCUCCUUUCUUUUUCACUCUGUUAUUAUCCUCAUCUUCUCACUGUUAAGGGUUUCAUAACUCUAAUGAAGAAUAACAUGUAAAACCUCACAUUAAUUCCUUUCAUAAGGCAGAGGAGAAUUUGGAGAAAGUGAACUAUGUCGCCGACAAGAUCGGAUAUUACCAACGACGGCAACUGCAGCAACAACAAUGAAGGAGGAGUACCCGAUCACGAAGAGAACAAAAUCGUACUCAAAGUAAGAUUUAAUUGUCAGGAUGAUAGUGUGAGACCCUUCAGGAUGAAAAGAACCAUGAGGUUUGAAAAACUCAUGAAAAGCUACUGUGAGCUUCAAAAUCUUGAUUUCUACAACACCGUCUUCUUCUGCUAUGCUCGUCGUCUCAAUCCUGAACAAACACCUGAUGAGCUUGAUAUGGAAGAUGGAGAUGAAAUCGAAGCAUUAAUUGGUUGGCCGAUGUAGAGGAUUUGGUUCGUAACAUUAUUGUUACCAUCAUAUGUGAAUGUGUUUUAUUUCUAUUACUAGUUUUGUAUGGAUCUUUAGGUGGUUGAACUCAUAAUUGAUCAUGUGUUUUGUGUCAGUUGAGGCGAGAUGAGAAUGAUAACAAAGACAAGUCUAGAUUUGUUAUCAUUGACGUAGUGGUAUAUGUGGAGUUUGGGAAGAGAUUUAGACGAAGAUUAUUGUCUUUCCAAGAGAUAUUUUUGAUGAUCAUAAGGUUGUUAUGUAGUAUGUUAUGCAUGAUCUAAGCGCACUUAUCUUAG